AUGCCGCUGCCCGUCCAGGAUGAGUCGCCAACGGAACCGAUACAGGCGCUGCCCGCUGUCGCCGCUGCCUUGAAGCCCUCCAAGUCGAGGCACUCGACUCCGGCGGUUGAGUCGCUCCUCAUGUCACAGUCCGAACCGAAUCUUACCUUCCGAAGAUCGAACCCGUCUGCCGCGUCCUUGUAUGCAUCGACGCUCUCUCCGCCUGGCUCGAGGCCCAUGUCGCCUGCUGGUAGAGGCUUGCCUCCUCGAGUCUUUUCCGGAGGUGUCUUCGAUGCGUCGCCCAACCAUGCAUCAUCAAGCAGCAGCGUCGGCAGCCCAGGCGAGCCCGCCAACUUACUCCUCCACUCCUUCGUCCCCCAUGUAUCGAUAUUCGCUUCCGAAGACACCGAGUCCCUCAUGGGCGAAAAGGGGUUCCGGAAUGGCUUGUGGGAACUGCUACGGCCAUUCGGCGAGGAUAUCUCAGGCAAAGUGACGGUCCGAGACAGCAACGGGGUUGGCCGGACCUUUGAAGAUUUUUCGAUCCGCUUCACCAGGUUUGGAGAGAACAUCGGGCAUCCUGAUCCGGCCGUCUCGGGAGCGAACCCGCCACAGACGCCAACGAGCCAGAACGGCGCGCAGGAGAGUGCGACCAGGGAUCGGAAGCUAUUGGCAGAUGUGGAAGCCGUUGUUGAGCUUCACCUGUCGUACGCUGAGCGGUCAUUUGUAGGGCUGCCGCACCAACGCGGCUCUCUACGACAGGCCCAAGACUCUGAAACGGCGUCCCCUUAUUACACAUUGUACCUUCGGCGUCUGCUUUCAGGGUUUUCCAUGACCCCCCACGAGACCUUUGCGCACCCCGUGGCUUGCAUCAUAGCCAUCAGCUCAAGAAACGAAACUCCGAUCGAAGAGCUGAGGAGGUUAUACACUGAGACCAACCAGGGCCAAAGCAAGCUGCCGCCAUGGGUGGACAGCGAAUACCUCCGAUACUAUGUAUUGGUGCACGAUGAGGAGAACGACGACAUUACCAGGUCAAUGGCCUUGUUUGAGCAAAUGAAGCGCCAUCUUGGAUUGCACUGCCAUCUGCUCCGUCUCCGCUGCAGCCAGAGUGCGGAGACGGACGACGACAGCAUACCCCUGCCGCGAAGCAACUGGAUGUCGGCUGCCGAGGAGUUGACAGAGAUUCGCAGGAGCGACAGUAUGGACGAGUUUGAAGACCCAACACGCUACAUCUUCGAGUCUGAUGCCACGGCGAUUCGUACGUUUGUAAGGGAGAUGAUUACGCAGUCCAUCGUGCCCACCAUGGAGCGGCAUGUAUCCGUCUGGAACGACCAAGUGGCUUCUCGGCGCCGAGGAAUUACUGGUCGCUUUAUGAAUCUAUCCAGGAAGUGGGCCGGCUUCGGCGGCAGUUCGCGAUCGUCGUCCGGCGGCAAUGCCAACUCGAGAGAUAGCUACGAUGCGUCAGGCUUCUACCGCGCCGACUCGGCUGAAGCCAUCAUGAGGAAGCUCGCCGACUACGCAUUCAUGCUGCGGGACUGGAAGCUGGCGCAGUCGACGUACGAUUUGCUGCGAUCCGACUUUAGCGAGUCCAAGGCGUGGAAAUACCAUGCCGCAGCCAACGAGAUGGCUGCCAUCAGUCUGCUGUUGGUGCCACAGAGCGUGAUGUCCAAGAGCCGAGCCGAGACAAUCGACCAAAUGCUCGAGUCAGCCUUUUACUCGUACGGCACGCGCUGCAGCGCUCCAUAUGGCGCAUUGCGAAGCCUGACGCUCGGGCAUGAGCUUCUCCGGCUACGUGGGGGAUCCAACAUCGACGAUGCUGGCAGAUGGGGACUUCGGCUCCUCGAAUCGAAGAUGCUGGGCAGAGUGGGGGAUGCGCUUCUCAAAGAGCGGCUUGCGGUUUGCUACGCCUCCAAAGGUGGCAUUGGAAACCUGGGCCUGGGAAACCGCCACCGCAAGUCAGCGGCUUGGAGUGUUCUCGCCGCAGACUCGUGGUGCCGGCAAGCCAAGUACAUUCCAGCCCAGCGAUGCCUCGAGGAAGCGCAGAGGGAAUACUCUUCUCUACCACACGAACAAGGCGUUGCGGGGUUUGCGAGCGCAGGGUCCUACAUCAAGUCGCUGCAACAAGAGCUUGAGGUGAAGCUCCAUCAAACGGAGGAUGAUGCGAAAGAUGAAGCCGAUGAUGAAGUGGAAGGCGUCACCGACGAAGAGAGCGAGGCGUUGAUGGACACGCGGGCAAGGAGGAUCAGCGUCGGUGCAGGGGCUGCGAUGUUGGAGACGGCGCCGCUUCAUGGAAGUGAGCCGGACAAGGAGGCCGGGGCGGCCCCGACCGGCCAGGCCCAGGAGGGCUUCGACUGA